GACAAGACGAAAACACAGAGAAAUCGGUUUACUCUGAGCAGGUUAUUCAAUUUAAAGGACCACCCAACUUUUGGACUCGCCGACAAAGGACGGAGCUACGGCCAUGCGUGUACCGACCUGCAUCAUCGGCAUCAAGAUGGUCACGGUGAUGGACUUGGCCAACAUUUUCUUUUUGGACACUUGGGGCACAGAGGAGGCCAAGCGGAAGUGGCUGGAGACUAAGGGAGAACUGCCAAUCAUCUUCGGGGUAGAAGCUCACGUUCCACCUGAUUUGGCUAACAUUCAGGUUUCCCCCCGGAAAGAGUUGCUGGUGGGCUUCAGCCUAGCGACCCUCACACUCCUCACGCUGUACCUCUCAUUCAUCCUUCCUUACUCGGCCCACACCUCGCACGUGUCUCCAAGAUCCCUGCACGUCCACGGCCUGCCCACACGGGAGAGCGUUCGUCUCGAUGAUAACGAGAACUUACAAUUCCUCGAGACCCCGCGACGCGUGAAGGAACGAUCGACGUCCGGCCGAAAGCGGAGGCGAAGCCGUUCGCGCCGAGGUCUCAGCCGCUACUUCAAGGCCCUCUGGUGGAGAUUCAAGCAUGAACGGCCGAGUCUGAGCUUCGUCCUCGGCCGCCUGGGCGUGACGAGAACCGAGUGUCAGAUAGCUCUUGUAUGCCACGCCCAUUCAUACUUGAUGGACUUACCUGCCGGGCGUGAGGGGGCUGUUGGUGAUGAUUACAAGCCGAUUCUCCGAUUUAUCGGAAUACGAAGAAGGCAUUGUCACGGGCCUUGGAGGCGGGACUUGCGACAGCUUCUACCAAUCAGAAAACAUGAUUUGUCCUGAUCCUUAUGACGUCAUCUCAGAUUUCCUUGGAAGACAUGUUCUUCAUGAGUUAUAGACGUCAAAGUGCCAGUAAGUGGAGUAUUUUUUGUACGUUUUCUUUGACUUUGGUAAUACAGAGAAUGUUAA